CCGCCAGCAGGAGAUUGAGGAGAAGCUGAUAGAGGAGGAGACGGCCCGCAGGGUGGAGGAGCUGGUGGCAAAGCGCGUGGAGGAGGAGCUGGAGAAGAGGAAGGACGAGAUCGAGCGGGAGGUGCUGCGCAGGGUGGAGGAGGCAAAGCGCAUCAUGGAAAAGCAGUUGCUCGAGGAGCUCGAGCGACAGCGACAGGCUGAGCUGGCGGCACAAAAAGCCAGAGAGGAAGAAGAGCGUGCAAAGCGUGAGGAGCUAGAGCGAAUACUGGAAGAGAAUAAUCGAAAAAUUGCAGAAGCACAAGCUAAACUGGCUGAAGAACAAUUGAAAAUUGUUGAAGAACAAAGAAAGAUUCAUGAGGAGAGGAUGAAACUAGAACAAGAGAGACAACGUCAGCAAAAGGAAGAGCAAAAAAUUAUCCUGGGCAAAGGAAAGUCUAGGCCAAAACUGUCCUUCUCACUAAAAAGCCAGGAUUAAAUUGCAACUCUGAACUCUUAAAAGGAAAAAAAAAAAAAGAAACAACAACAAAAACCAACAACCACAAAAGGAAAAAACCUGACAACUUUGUAUGGUAGCUUCAUGUUGAAGUGUUGGGGUUUUUUUUCUUUUUUUUUUUGUCUUUUCUGAAAGUCUGGAAAGUUAGCUUGUUCUAAUAGGGGCUGUGCUCUGCAAUGAUUUAAUUUUUUUUUUUUAAACAAAAACUUCAGUUAAACCCUUAUCAGAUCAUUCUUGCCUUUUGGAAGGUAACCUCUUCUCAUCUGUUUUGUUUCUGUAGUGGUCUGAAGCAGAUCAGGUCAAGUGUGGGUGAUCUGAUAAGGUUUGACUGAAGUACUCAUCAGGGUUUGACUCUGAUAAUUGACAACUUUAUACUGGGUAUUGCUGACUUUUCAUUUUUUUUUUAUUUUAUUUUUUUUUUUUAAAGUCAGUAAAUACCUGAGUAAAUUGCCAUAGUAUUACUGGACCUCUGUGGUUUAUUGUUAAAUCAGUGUCCUAUGAUACUGUCAUAUUGUUGCUCUUGAUGUUCCUGAUACAGGUAAGGAAAUAGUUUGUCACUUCUGCUAUGAAUACAUAGAGAGAGUUCAGUAUUGUCUCUGUUAGAUUUGUUUUUAUUACAUUGACAGCAUUCAACCAGCGUUCCCCAUUGUGUAAAUAAACCAAUUUGCUGAAUAAAGUGAAAGUCUUAAAUUCA